AUGUUUGCCACGCCCACGAGAUAUAUCAUACUCAUUCUCUUACCAUGCUUUUUUUGCUAUUUGUGCAACAACGAUAGUCUGCAAAAUACUCCUUUCUAUGAAAUUCAUUUCAACGCCACAGACUUUACUCAGAAUGUUAGUGAUAAAUAUAUAACAGUGGAUUACAGAAGUUAUUCAGAAAGCGGGAUCCAACACCAUCAGUGGAACAUCAAAAGUCCAAAAAACACUUUGAUAAAUGUAACAUACUUCAAAGGUUGGCCUUACAACCUGAAUCCAACAGCAGAUAUAUCUUGUGAGUCGCGGAAAAGCAAUUUAAAGGUUCUAGGCCUUAUGGGGCAAAAUGGAACAUUCUGUAUUGCACCUGGGCAGUUUGAGGACAUUCGCAGGAAUAUGACCACAUCUCUAUCAUCAAGCAAUUCAUUGUUGAUUCAGUUUCAAGUUGAUACUGCAUUUAUUAAAGACUCUAACUUCAGUCUAAAAUAUGAAGUUGGGAAGUUCUGUGCUGAAGAGAAAACUGUAAUGGAUGAGUACAGUAUACACUGGAACACAGCAUUCAUAUGUCGGGAAACAGUUACUAAAUGCCCCUACUCAACAGAGGGUUAUAUGUCUCGAAGGUGCAUUGAUGUCGAUGGUUAUCCGAAUUGGGGAAGACCAAACUUGGAACACUGUGUCAGUCUAGCGAUGAAAAAUAUCUUCAACGAGGCAGAGUCACUCAGAAAUAAAAGUGUAGUAUCUUCAUCGUCAAUUCUGAACGUCACAUCAAGUCUUGCUGACGUCAUCGCCAAAAGGAAAUCGAACACAUCCCUUUAUCCUGGUGAUCUAACAGAGGCAACUCGAACCGUUGUGACUAUUUCAGAUGUAACAGCAAAUGCAUCCGUACACGAGUAUUCCUUGUUAGAAAUUGCAAUGGGCUAUGGAAAGGCUGUAAAUGAAAUCGUUGAUCCAGAAACAACAAACACUUGGAAAAUAUUGGCAUUCUCCACCGUUGAAAGAAAAUUUCUCAAUAUUCUAAAUUCAGUUGAGAUUAUGUCUUCGCACAUCGCAAGAAAGAAAAUCUCAAUGAUGAAGAAACGAUUAUACCGUUCUGCCAAUAACUACUCACUCAAUGAUCGCAUAAAUGUUUCACAUGAAAAUAUAGAUUUUGAAAUAUCAUUUCACGAGAGAGUUGCUGUUUGUGAUGACACAGUAGAUUUAAGCGUCGGUCCUGCCAAGUCAGACGGAUUCAUUCUGACGUCAUCUGUAUUCAAAGCGGCUAUUGGUUCUACAAAAGAUAAAUAUAUACAGAUUUACACUGGACGAUUUCCAACUAUUCCAAAUAUAUUGUCUUCUGCUGCAGAGGAAGAAACGAAAUACAACUACAUAUAUCCAAAUAUUUCCAGACAAAGUCAGUUUAUUAAUUCCGACAUCGUUUCGGCCCGAGUGUUGAACACUCCAGAGUCUGCUUAUCGAGAUCUCAGGCACCCUAUUACCAUUGUCUUUCGUGUAGAUAAUACGACAUGGAACUCUUCUUACCAGAGAACCUGUGUUGCCCUCAACAUGACAGAUGGUUCCAUAGAAAAUCGUUGGUCACCAGAAGGGUGCCAUUUGGAUCCCCUACAAAGCAAUCUAACCCAUGCAGUUUGUGUUUGUUCACAUUUGACUAACUUCGCUAUCCUAAUGGAUGUUUUUGAAGUACAGAGUAAGAUUGACCAUGACAAUUCUAUGAUUCUGACAAUCAUGACGUAUAUAGGAUGUGGUCUGUCUAUAACUGGAUGUCUCAUCACUGUUGUCAUUUUUGAAUUUUUCAGACUGAAGAAAGAGAGAAUCAAGAUUCAUGAACAACUUGCAAUCAGUAUUAUAAUGGUUCAAAUAAUAUACCUAAUAGGGAUAGAUCGCACAGAGAAUAAGUAUGCCUGUAUGUCGAUGGCUAUAUUACUACAUUAUUUUCUUCUGAGUAUGUUUUGCUGGAUGUUGAUCGAGGGUUUCCAUCUCUAUGUUAUGCUCGUGCAAGUCUUUAAAACAAACAGGAAUUUCAAAAAAUACCUAGCGUUUGGUUGGGGUUUACCUGUGGUGAUAGUAGGGAUAUCGGCUGGGAUAUUUCAUGAUGAGUACGGCUCCAAAACAGUAUGCUGGUUAACACGAAAAGUUUUGCUUGUGGCGUUUGUGCCAGCCGUGGGACUUUUAAUUUUGCUGAACACGAUCGUCUUAUUCGUUGUGUUGAGGACUAUGAUGCGUUCGAUUUCGGUGUCUGCCAAAAUUGGAACGGACGAACGAUCUGGCGUUAGAACUGGUCUUAAGGCAGCUGCUGUCUUACUUCCUAUUCUCGGCCUGACUUGGACAUUGGGAUUUUUUUCUAUUGACUCCAAGGACACACUUGUCUUUACAUAUCUUUUCACAUUCCUCAACUCUCUUCAGGGUGUUUUCUUUUUCCUGUUCCAUUGCCUGAUGAGUACUGAUGUGAAGACUGCUUUUGAGCGCAGAUCGCAACGGAAGAGCAGAUCUAGUUUGUCAGCUUCUCUUGGCAAAUCUAACAAAAGAGACAGAUUGAUAGACAACAGAAAAUCAUCUUCGACGGAUACGUCUUUAACCGACGUGUCUCUUUCCAACAAAUUAACUCCAACCACCAACAGAUUUUCCCAGAUGGAAUCGAACUGGGAUAAUUAUGGAUACGACCAUCCGACUGAGUUUUUCACUCGCUCGUUUAGCGACGGCAUUCCCUCUUGGAAAAAUGUCAACAAUUUACGUGCGCUUCACACACAUUAUCAGACAGCAGACGACAUCUAUUCCAAACACAGCCUUCAUCAGAGACAUUUUGAACAGAAUACCCAACAAUCAAUUGAAGACCUUUACAGCAAACCGUUGAAAAGACGCGACAGAGAGAACCAUGUUCAUUUCAAUGAUGAUAUGGUAUUAACAGAACGCAAACUCGGCACAACUAGUCCACACGGAGUAAAGUUGAUGAACUUCGACAGCCCCUUCACUACCAUUGACAAAAGCUGGUCGAAGAGUUUUCUAGCUGAAAUUCAAGAAAAAGCCAAUAAUAUCAAGUUAAGGAACAAUUUGGCGAUUGAAAAUGGAAAACUUGAGGUAUAGGCGAAUGGCAACAUUUGAUCUUUUCGCAUUAAGAGGAGAUAAAAAAUUUACUCUUGCUUAUUUGUGUUAGAAUUGGUUUGGUUUUAGAAAAACUCUUUCAUCUACAAAAUAAAAAAUAUAUUCAAUAACAUAAUUUUUAUAGAUGUACAUCCUCACAACGUCAUGGGGGACCUGAGUUGACUCGUUGCCGUUGGACCCCUGACAAAUUUCAUUCUUAAUUUAUUCUACGAGCUGACUGCAGCGACGUCUUUCGGAGAAAUAACAAAUCUUGAUUGUUUUUCUUAUCUCUCGACCAAUCACAUUAAACCUUUCGGUAACAAACAACACGUGCAAUGUGAGGUGUCCACUACUUACUUUCUAUUUACCUUUUAUAUCAACUUAUGAAAGCCUCUAUUUGUGCUUCUCAAUGAGAAAAGCAAACCAAUAGAAUAUCGAUUAAAAUUUGUCAGGGGUUCAACAGUAAAGAGUUGACUCAUAGAU